AUGUUGACUGGCGAGCCCACAACGACGACAUCCGUUGAAGGCGAACGCACCCCACUUCUCUCCGCUAGGUUCGAUGGGGCAGCGGAUGAUGAAGGGACCACUUUGUCGAUCACGAAGCCUAAUAACGGGUUGAGGAGAAUCGCGGAUUCACUUCCUCUUUCAGUCUGGCUCAUUGCCACAAUCGAGCUGUGCGAAAGAUUUGCUUAUUUUGGCACCGUUGCACCAAUGCAGAACUACAUCCAAAAUCCCAGGAAUGAUCCAUUACGACCGGGCGUAAUCGGACUUGGACAGGCAUCUGCGACCAUGGUAAAUCAGGCGUUUAUGCUGUGGUGCUAUAUCACUCCAGUAGUCGGCGCCGUCGUUGCAGAACAGUAUAUCGGAAGGGCCGCAACCAUGGAGACGCACGGAGUUCCUAAUGAUAUUAUGCCGAACAUAGACCCUAUAACGGUCUUGAUUCUUCUCCCUAUCCUAGACCGCGUUGUAUUUCCUUUCCUGCGAAGGCUGGGUGUAUCUAUUCGUCAUGUGGAUAGAAUUAAAAUGGGGUUCCUGAUAUGCGGCCUUUCAAUGCUCUAUGCGGCCUUUGUUCAGCGAACUAUUUACGCUGCCCCGCCUUGCUACGACCACCCGAGAGCACCGGACUGCAUGGGCGGGGAGGUCCCGAAUCGGGUUUCUGUGUUCCUCCAGUCUCCUGCGUACGUCUUGGUCGCUAUCUCAGAGAUACUUGCCUCCGUGGCAGGUGUUGAAUAUGCCUAUACGCAAGCUCCCAAGUCAAUGAAAUCGCUGAUUAUGGCCGUAUACCUGUCUGCUGUAUCGGCCGGGGCGUUGAUAGCUAUGACUGUUUCGCCGCUAACAGUCGAUCCGAAGUUGCCAUGGAUCAUAUUCGGUCUCGGAGUCGGCAACCACCCUUACGGAUCCGAUAUCGACAAAUCCAGUUUACCGACACCGAUGGACGAAACGGCUGCCGAAAAAGAGACAUCUUACGAUAUCCCACAAGCACGGAUAGAGGAAGUCGGCUUCCGUCGGAGCAUGCAAGAUGAAUAA